AUGCAUGCGCGCAACCCGUACCAAUCCCCGCCCGACUUCCUCGCCCUCGCAGAUGCACAUCCCGCCCUCAAGCCCCACAUCAUCCGCACCGCAAAGGGCGCCACUAUCGACUUCAAGGACGACGCCGCCCAGAGGGCACUCACGGAAGCGAUCCUGAGUCGCGACUUCGGCCUGCGCGUCGUGCUCCCGCCCGGCCGGCUGUGUCCCCCCGUCACGUACAGGCUCAACUACAUUCUGUGGCUCGAGGACGUCUUGGCCGCCGUCGCGCUCGCCCUGGGCGAGGACCCGGAUCGGCCCGUCAGAGGUAUCGACGUGGGAACAGGCGCGUCGGCGAUAUACCCCCUCCUCGGGUGCCGCACGCGCCCGAACUGGUCCUUCGUCGCCACCGAGAUCGACGCGCUCUCCCUACGCUCCGCGCGCGAGAACGUGCGCGCGAACGCGCUCGAGGGCCGCAUCUCUAUACGUGAGGCGGAUCCCGCGGGUCAUAUCUUCGGACCGCUCUUCGAGAGCGACGGCGCAGGGUACGACUUCACGAUGUGCAACCCGCCGUUCUACGGCAGUCGCGAGGAGGUGCAGCAGUCCGCCGAGGGCAAGGAGCACGGCCCGAACGCUGUGUGCACGGGCGCGGACGUGGAGAUGAUCACCCCAGGCGGGGAAGCGGCCUUCGUCGCGCGGAUGGUCGAGGAGAGCACGCGCGCGCAGGAUCGGUGCCGGUGGUUCACGUCGAUGCUGGGCAAGCUGUCGAGCCUGGCGCACGUCGUGCAGGCGCUGCGGGAUCACAAGAUCGAGAACUACGCGGUGGCGGAGCUGGUGCAGGGCCAGACACGGCGGUGGGUCCUUGCGUGGUCCUUCGCAGACGUUCGUCUCCCAGAUACACUCGCCCGCCUCUCUCAUCAUGGGACACAACACCUCACGCCCGCGCGCAACACCCUCCACCAGCCCCUCCCUUUGCCCCCCUCCCGCUCAUUGUCGGAGGCGGCGUCCAUUACCCGCACCGUCCUCACAGCAAUCCCCGGCCUCACCAUCCGGCCACACUCUCCCACUCAGUCCCCGGAGGCGCUGGACGUGGCGGUGUCCGCAGCGGGCUGUACGUGGUCGCGCGCGGCUCGGCGGCGAAGACGCGACUCCGACGCGAUGCAUACGGACGCCGACCCCGACCCCGCGCUGGUUUGUAGAAUGCGGUGCGAGGAACGGGGAGAAGGUGGAGGGGAAGAGGAAAAGGGAGAAAAGGGCGCACAGCUGGUGUUUGACUGGACGAGGGGACGGGAUAGGGCGCUGUUUGAGGGCCUUGCGAGUCAUGUGGGGCGGAAGGUCGUCGCGGGACUGUCUUCCCCUAGUAUUAGUUUAGGGAAUGGAUGA